CUCUUUCCCUCCUCAAAGCCACAUACUCUAUCACCUUCCUUGAUUCCUUCUUUCCUUCCUCCCUUACCUUCCAAAAACAUACAGACAGGCAUACUCUCUUAACAGGAGAUAGAUACAAAGUUCCAAACACAAAGAUGAGGCUUGGGCUAAAAGGUCUCACCCUCCUGCUUCUCGCUGUCGUUCUUCUGUGCUCCAGCGUUCACUUAUGUGAUGCAAGAAGUGGCAAGCAUUGGAGGCAAAAUAAUGCACCCUCCACCUCUCUGCUGAGGAGAAAAGGGAAAGGAAAGAGCAGCAGUUCCCACAGGCAAAGCAGCAAAGGAAAUCAUAAUCCAUACCAGCCAAGCCCAAAUGUGCCUAUCACCCCGAGCGGAAGCCCUGUCAAGGGCAAAGGAGGUCAGAGUCCAACAAUGCCAGCACCAAGUGGUGGAAAUGACUAUACACUGCCAUCUCCGCCGCUGCUACAGCCGCCGCCGCCGCCACCACCAGCAGCAGUAGCAGCAUCAUCAUCACAGAACACAAUCUUCAACGUGGUUGAUUUUGGAGCCAAGGGUGAUGGAGUUACAGAUGAUACUCAGGCUUUUGAAGCAGCAUGGGCAGCAGCGUGCAAGGUGGAGGCAUCUACGGUUCUUGUACCAUCUGAACUCGAGUUCGUCGUUGGCCCAAUCUCAUUUUCUGGGCCUUACUGUAAACGAAACAUCCUAUUCCAGCUGGAUGGAACUAUUUUAGCUCAAGCCAGUCCACGAACGUGGGGUUCUGGUUUGCUUCAAUGGCUUGAGUUCACGAAACUAACCGGAAUAGCAAUCCAAGGCAGUGGUGUCAUAAAUGGUAGGGGGCAAGAAUGGUGGACUUAUUCAGAUCCAAAUGAUGAUCCAAAUGCAGUAAGGCCUGAUCAUCUAACAAAUCCUACUUAUACACAACUAGAGAAGAUGCCACAGAUUAAACCUACGGCGUUGAGGUUUUAUGGAAGUUCCAAUGUCACAGUAACUGGUAUCACGAUUGUCAACAGCUCACAGUGCCAUCUCAAGUUCGAUAGCUGUGAAGGAGUCAUGGUUCACGACUUAACCAUCUCUUCCCCUGAGAAUAGUCCCAACACUGACGGAAUACACCUGCAAAACUCCAAACAAGUCAACAUUCACCACACUAAUCUGGCUUGCGGUGAUGACUGUGUUUCCAUCCAGACAGGAUGCAGUGACAUAAACAUUCAUAACGUGAACUGUGGACCAGGCCAUGGGAUCAGCAUUGGUGGUCUAGGGAGGUACAACACAAAAGCUUGUGUCUCUAACAUCACUGUAAGAGAUGUCAACAUGUUCAAAACAAUGACUGGUGUCAGAAUCAAGACUUGGCAGGGCGGUUCAGGGCUGGUUCAAGGCAUAAGGUUUUCAAACAUACACGUCUCGGAAGUUCAAACGCCUAUCAUAAUAGACCAAUUCUACUGCGACAAAACUACAUGCAUAAAUCAAACAUCAGCGGUGGCAGUUUCAGGUGUUCAGUAUGAGAACAUCAGGGGGACUUUCACAAUCAAACCUGCCCACUUUGCGUGCAGCGACAGCUCGCCUUGUUCAGAGAUCGCUCUUACUGGAAUACAAUUGAAACCCCUGAUGUUGCCGCAGUACCACCUGUACAACCCCUUCUGCUGGCAAGCCUUUGGAGAGCUGUACACCCCCACCGUCCCUCCCAUACCUUGCUUGCAGAUAGGCAAACCAGCCGGGAAUAGUGUGCUAUCUGAUCGUGACCGUUGCUGAAAGAAUGAAGCAUACUGAAAAGAGCGGAGGUCCCUUGAUCAGGGAAACUCUAUACUCUUGGUGUUCAUCGGCCGUCGUGAUUCUUCCGACCCCUUGCGCACAAUAACCGUAUGCUGCGCACUAGUGCAUAUGUGUUGUAUAUACAACUCUUGUUAGGAUCUGUCUGCUAUGUCUCCCCGUUGACAGGAAAUAUAGGAACUCGACGAUGUGGGGUAGUGUU